UUUUGGUUUUAUUAAUCUGUCAAACAUAGUUUUGUAAAAAAAUUACUAAAUAAAUACAUUAAUUUUUUUCAUAAAAAAGAAUCUGUUAUUGUAUAAAUUUUAUUAGUGAAUUUUCGGGCUUAAAAUGGAAUUCAAGUCCUAGACAAAAUAGUUAUUUGAAAACAAAAGAAACUUCAUUCUUAAGCAGACGAUAGAAAAUUUUUCAAUUAAAUGAUUUGCGCAAGCCCUUACGCUGUCAAUUCUUGAAAAAUUUAUUUUUUAUGUCAUGGUUUUUCAUUAGGAUAUUGUUUUAUAAGAAAUUUCGUGUAUUAAAAUAAAUUAUCAGAAAAUCCUAUUAUUAAAAUGUCAUUUCAUCCGCGAUGUGGUCGACGAGUUACUCUGACGAAUUCAAAUCGCACAGCAAUGCGAAAUAUUUCUGAUUUUAAUCAUGGGUUAGUUUUAAGUGCAGAGCCUUUAAUGGAUGAUGUCCUUUUUGAGGUCACAAUAGAUUUAAAAAACCAUAACUGGAGCGGCAGCAUCGAAAUUGGUGUUACAACAGAAAACCCAGAAAAUAUCGAAUUACCAUCUUGUGCAACUAAAAUGAGAACUGGAACAUGGGUUAUGUCUGGAAUUAGUGUUCUUAAAGAUGGAAUGAGUUUAAUAGAAUUUUACGGAACUGAUUUAGAUUCUUUAGCAGAAGGUGAUCAAGUCGGAGUUAUGAGAACAUCAAAAGAUGAAUUGAUAUUUUAUAUAAAUGGGGAGUCACAAGGAGUGGCUGAAACUAAUAUUCCGAAAACAGUUUGGGCCUUAAUUAAUUUAUAUGGAAGAUGUGUUCAAGUGACAGUUUGUCCAUCUGACUCUUUAGAGUACUCAAAUGCUGGAGCAGGUUGUAUAGCAAAUAAUAUUGGGCUAAAUGAAGCUAGCGGUACAUCAUUACAAGUUUCUUCAACACAAAGCCUAGACAUUCCAAUUGAUGUAUCUGUUACAACUUCAAAUUGUUCUAUCCCAGGUAUUUCAGGUGCAACAACUAGUCAAAUAGGUGACUUUAUAGAUAUGAAUGAUCGCUUAAGAUUUCAUACAAGAUGUGGUUCAUUAGUAAAACUCUCUCCAAAUUAUAGAACAGCUGAGCGACGUCGACCGCUGGACGAGUUUAAUAAUGGAGUUGUUAUGACACAUCGUCCUUUAAAAGACAAUGAGUUAUUUGAAAUUCGAAUAGAUAAAUUAGUUGACAAAUGGUCAGGGAGCAUUGAAGUUGGGGUUACUGCACAUAAUCCACUAGCCUUACAUUUUCCUGCAACAAUGACAAACAUGAGAAGCGGAACUAUUAUGAUGUCUGGUUGUGGUAUAUUGACAAAUGGUAAGGGUACUAGAAGGCAAUAUGGCGAAUUUAAUCUAGACGAACUCAGAGAAGGCGAUCGUGUGGGAAUGAUGAGAAAAUCCAAUGGAAACUUACAUUACUACAUAAAUGGCCAGGAUCAGGGUGUAGCAGCUACACGCGUAGCUCAGACUUUGUGGGGUGUAAUAGAUCUUUAUGGAAUGACGAUUAAGGUUACAAUUGUAGAUCGUGAUGAAAGGGAGCAGCAAAAUUUAGUUACAAGGCGUAACAAUUUAAUGACAAUGCAAAGUGGGGGAGUAUCAUCUAUCGGAAAUGCAAAUGCAAGCACAAAUGGAAUACCAAACGGCACUAUAGUAUAUCAAAACCCUUCAGACACAGCGGAAUUCGAAGAUAUUAUGUAUCCUGGAGAUUUAGCAAGAGCUAUUGGAGGGCGAAGUGAAGAUCGCUUGACAUUUCAUCCCAUAUGUGGUUCUCACGCCACAGUUACGCAUAGUGGCAGAACAGCAUUGCGUCCAAAUGCUUCAGAUGAUUUUAAUAAUGGGGUUGUGCUUACCAGACGUACGUUGAAACCGAAUGAAUUGUUCCAAGUAAGAUUGGAGAGAGUUGUUACAAAAUGGGCCGGUUCAAUCGAAAUGGGUGUUACGACUCAUACACCACAAGAGCUUGAAUUUCCUUUCACAAUGACAAAUGUUCGAUCUGGGACAUGGAUGAUGACUGGUAAUGGAGUCAUGCAUAAUGGAACCACUGUUAUAGAACAAUAUGGACAAAACUUAGAUCGUUUGCAAGUUGGUGAUAGAGUAGGUGUAGUUAGAAAAGAUGAUGGGACACUUCAUUUUUGGGUUAAUGGUGUAGAUCAAGGUGCUGCUGCAACUAAUGUCCCCGAAAAAGUGUAUGGAGUAAUUGACCUUUAUGGUCAAGCUGCUCAAGCCAGCAUAGUCGAUACGUCCGAAUGUGGUAGUCCUGAUACAGGAAAUUCGACCAUCUCAAAUACUACACUGUAUAGCGAACCGCCUUUGCGUUUUCACUCUAUUCAUGGGAAGAAUGCUCGUAUUACACAUGGUGGACUUACGGCAAGUAGACCUAAAGCUUUAGCAGAGUUUAGCGACGCAAUCGUUUUCUCUAAUAGACCUUUGAGGCAACGUGAGUUAUUUGAAGUUGUUCUUGAAACAAUUGUUGGCCAUUGGUCUGGGAAUAUUGAAAUUGGUGUAACUGGUGUUCGGCCCGAGGAUAUUCAAUUAACUAGUAAUGCAACUGAUCUCGAAUGUGAUACAAUAAUUUUGUGCGGUAGUGUAGUCUUUCAUAAUCGUAAAAUAAUUCGAAAUAAUAUUGCAUUUGACUUGGACACUUUAGUAGCGGGAACAAAAGUUGGAGUUAUGAGAAAUGGAGACGGCGUACACUUUUUUAUAAAUGGCGUUGAGCAGGGGCCAGUUUGCGAAUGCCGAAUGCAAAAUGUUUGGGCCGUGAUUGAUUUAUACGGCCAAUGCGCUCAAGUCAGUUUAACAAGCGGCCAAAGUGGUGAUAUUAGAGCUCCAUAUGCAACCAGCGAAAAUUCCCAAAGUUUUCAAGCGACUUCGGUAAUUCAGCCUGCCUUAGAAACAAAACACAGAUGGACAUGUAUUUCCGGAAAUGUUACUCUUUCACAAAAUUGGACUAUCGCUUCAAGGGUAACUGGAGCUUCAGCUGCAUUGUCAAGAUGUUUAGUAUUCUCAGAGCAUCCUUUGGCUGUUGGGUCACCCUUUGAAGUUACUAUAACUUCACAUAAUCCAUUAUUUGCAGGCUGUUUAAAUAUUGGUGUAACUGAUUUAAAUUUGUCUGAUGAGCAUGUUCGAAAAAAUAUUCCUUUAAGUAUGAAAAGAAUUCCAGCAAAUGUGUGGUAUGUUUCUGGUAAUGAAGUCCGUUAUAACCGGUCAUUGCUACAUCAUUCAAUGGCAUCUCUGGAAUGGUUAAGGGUUGGUGAUAGAAUUGUCCUAGAACUAACACCAGCGAGAACCUUGAGAAUAUUAUUGAAUUCAGAGGAUAUGAACAUCAACUUUCAAAAUAUUUCAAAUGAUGUUUAUGUUGUUGUGGAGCUUCAAGGUUCAACAAUGGCUGUGGAAGUGAUUUCUUCACAAGGUCCUACCUCACCAUUACGACCUUGUAGUUUAAGGUUACAGGAUUCUUUGGAGCUAGGAAUAGAUCCCCUCAAUAAGCAAGACUCUAUGCUAGAGUCAAUUGAUUCUGAAUCGUUAAGUUUCGAAUUUUCUGAUUUUCAUGGGAAAAAUAUUAAGCUUUCUGAUGAAAGACGUUGUGCACAAAGAAUUCAGUCUUAUAAUCAGGCUUUGGUUUAUAUAACGAAACCUCUUUGCAAAGGACAUAGCAUUAGUAUUAAAAUAGAUGCUAUUAAUUCGAAGUGGAAAGGAACAAUUGGUGUUGGAGCUCUGGGUUUGUGCCCGCAAAUCAAUAACUUCCAAUUUCCAACAUCCAUAGUGCUAUCGAAGAGACCUUGUUGGGUUGCAACUCAUGAUUACAUUAAUAUUAAUAGUAACAAAAUUGCAUCAAAAUAUGCGGAAGUAUUAGAACAUAUUCAGCCUGGAACUGUUAUAACCAUGUCAUUAUCUCAUGCUGGUACUUUAGCAUUGACUGUUGGUCAAACAAAUUUGGAUGAAUUAGCAGCUGGUCUGCCAAAUCAUGUGUACCCGGUUUUUGAUGUAUAUGGAAAAUGUGAAAAAAUUUCUAUAAUAAAUGGUGAAUUACGCAACGGUACACCUAUAAUUGAAGAAGUUUCGCUGGAUCACGAUAAUUUGAUUGAAUCGGAUCAUAAUGUACCACAGUGUGAAAAAGCUGACUUAGAAGUACAUGAGAAAGAAACAGAAAUACAACAGGUUAAUGGAAUAAUUCCAGUAGCAGCUACGAAUUCCGUGGCAAUAUCGUCUCAAACAACAACUGGAACUUCUUCAACACCACAGGCUUCCACAACCGCAAAUCCAAGUGGCAAUAUGGAAUCAAAUAGUAAUAGUGUCAUUAUGUCGGGUAGCACAGGGUCUAAUACAAUGAAUCGUUCUGUCAUGGAAAGUAUGUCAGAGAAUUUAUUAUUAAAUAUUUCAAUUAAGAAUCGCUCACUAGAAUCUAAAGUAGAACCAAGUUCCUCUAAUUCAUCAUGUUGUUUACGUGAAUCAUUGCAACUACAACACAAUACAAAUUUAAACAUUCAGCGCAGCCAAAGCACGCAACGGUUCAACGCAUCAUCUAGUACACCAACAAAUAACGACACUAAUAAAGAUCAACAAUACCAUGCUGAGCAACCAAUUCAAGAAGGUGCUCAAAACUCGUUCUCCGGUACAACUACGAAUGUUAUGGCCCCCACAACAACAAAUGUAUCUUGCAUUCCUAAUAAUAACAUUCCAUCCACAUCAUCUGAUAAUAUUUCAUCGAAGAAUUCACGCGAAAAUUUGUUCGAAAACCUUGACAACGCUGACGAUGACAACAAUAACAGCAAUAGUAAUAUAUUAAAUGAUAGUAAUUUAAAUAACAGUUCAAACUUAAAUGUUCAACAAAAUUUGUCAAACUCUGCUCCAAUUUCUAUUCAAAAUCAACCGUCACAACAACUUUCUCAACAAACUCAACCAUUUCAACAUCUGGGCAAUCUAAUAGAUUCUAAUUUGGAGUCAUUAGAAACGAUAGAAGAUGAAUUGUCAAGACAAUUGUCAGAAACUCAAAUUGAUUCUCUAAGUACAUAUAGAAGUUAUUCAGAUUUUGAAUCUAUUCCGAGCAUAGAAGCAAAAGAUUGUGAAUACUUAAAAGUUGUAUGUGGCUUUAAGCGCACACUUGUAUUACCAGAUGCAUUUUUUCAAUUAAAACCACCAAUAUGUUUGUGUCAGAAUUGUUAUUCAGUCGGUGCGAAUCGUUCUCUAAUGAAUAGCGAUAACUCUCAUUGUCUUUUGAAUUGGGUCUAUUUUAAAUUAAAUACACAGUCGAUUAAUAAUCCUAAUAGUGCAACACAGCAACAUAAUUUCGAUUCAAGUGAUUGGAUGAAAGUUUACUAUGCAACAAGAGUUGAUAAAAUUCGUGCAAUAUUAGAUCAUGGACAACCCAUACCGAUAGAGUCAUCAUGCAAUAAUGAUAGCUCACAUCUUGGUAAUAAAUGUAGUAAUACUAAUGUUAAUAGUAGUAAUAGCAGUAUCAGCGGAAGCAAUACCAGUUGUAAUAAUUCUGGUACUGCAAAAACAAAACAAAAAGAUGAACCAGGAACGCAUUUAUUAUUACAUUGGUAUCCACCGCCAGAUAUAAAAGCUUUAAAUGCAGCUCAUCGAUAUUAUUCAAAUGAUAUAGGAUAUACUAUUGAAACUGCUUUUGAAGUUCUAGUACGAAAACAAUCAUUAUGUUUUGCAUCUUCGUCAUCGAAUGGAUCCAAUAAACCGUCAACAAGUCUAUUAACCGCACGUAGUAUUGAUGAUGAAAGAGAUACCGUUGAUGAUAGUUUAAAUAGCACUGGAACAAGUAGUAAUAACUCAUGGAAUACACGUUCAAAUUCAACUGGUAAUGCCAAUUGUAAAGAUUUCUUCCAUACCCAUUCCCAGCAACCUACAAUGUUUACAAAAGAAGCAGGCGCUUGCAUUUUAACAGCUUUGAUAUUAAAAUUAGUUCCUGUUGAGGGUGAUUCGUUAGAGGGACAUCACCAUCAGCAGCAACAAACACAACCACAACAACAGUAGAUAAAAAUAUUCAAGCAUUAAAUGUUUAUAAAUUAAAAUUUAUCAAUUAAUUAUGUUUCAAUAAUUUUUUCUGUCUUUUGUACAAAACGAGAGAAAAAAAAUUAACAAAAAAAAUACUAAUAUACACACAAAAGUUAAAAAAAAAAAAAACAACAAAAAAACCAAAAAAUUAUACUGCUAUAAAAUUAUAAUUAUGUAAGUCCAAAACAAAACCAAAAUCUAAUGGAAGUUAUUUUGCUACAAAAUAUACAUUAAAUAGAAUUUAAAUUAAAAAUUAAAAUAUUAUAAGUAAUUACCAACCUAUUGCACUUAAGAUUUUUUUACAUAAUUUUAAAUUUCCAUCUCGAAUUAAGUUCUCAAGUUCUUACGCUAGUCAAAGUGUUUCAAAAAUUCAAUUAUAUAUAUAUAAUAUACUACAAGAAUAAUUAAAAUUAAUUAAAAAAAUUUUAAAAUUAAAGGAAAUAUUAAAAUCGAGUAUUCAGCCACAUUUUGGUAGUUACAUCCCUUGACAUGAUAGGUUGUUAUUGAAAAAACUUGUAAUUAUCUGAAUAAAAUUAAUUUCGAAAUUCGUAAUUCUAUACUGGAAAUCAAAGUACUUUUCAAUAAUAUCCCAUCACCUCAAUUAAAGUGACUAAGACAAAUUAUGUGAAUGUAAAUUUUCUAUUAUUUUCCUAUUGUUAAUUUUAUUUUCAAUUAAAUUAAUUUGUUUUCAUACUAUACUUUCUCUAUAGUUUUAGAAUACAGAUUUAUGCUAUACAAUAAUUUCUUUUCAUUUUAUCAUAAGAAAAUAUUAAAAAAAAAAAAAAGUGGUGCUUUGAUGGUAUGAUAAAAUAGCUAUUCGUUUAACUAUUGUUAGAAAAUGAAUUUGAGUCCCACCCAUAUGUUAAAGAAGUAACUAUGUAUUUUUUUUAUAACAAAACUAAAACAUAAUGCACUCAAUAAAAUAAUCAUUUUCCAAGCUUAAGGAUAGAAAAAAAUCAUUAGCUCAGAGGAAUUAUAGCUAUUCUAUUCCUUAUAUUACUUACAGGGUAAUUAUAGGAUACUGUAUAUGUAGUAAUUUAAUAUUAAGAUAUUAAAAAAAAAACUUAAAGUAUUAAAAGCAAAAAAACAUGAGGAAAAUUAAAUAAAGGCUGCAUAUAAAAUAAUUUUUUUUUAAUUAAUUUAAUUUAAAAAUAUAUAUAAUUUUAUUUAAAAAGAAAAUUUAAGCAUUUAAAUUUAAAGAAAAUUUUUUUAAAUAAAAAUUUAAAUAGAAAAAAAAAAAGACAAAAGAAUUAAUUCUGUUAAUAAAAUGUAAUUUGAAAAUUAAAAUGUCCAUUUAUAUAUACACUUGAAGCAGUUAAUAAAUUAAGUAAAAAGUAACUAUAUAUAAUAUAUUUUUACAAAUUUUCUAGCUUAGAUUAAAUAGGUUGCAUAUUUAAAUAAUUGUAUGUACUAAAAAUAUUGUUUUUUUUUUUACUAUUUUAGAAUUUUUGUUUUAUUUUUUUCAUAUCUCAGUUUCAAAUAUACUAUAUUAUAUAAUGUGUACAUACCAUGCUUUUUAAUAAACGCAUUAUAUCGUGGCAUAUUGAGAAAACUGUGCUAUAUUUAUGGUCACAAACAAAUGUGGCUAACCUAGUUUGUUCAUAAAUGUUACUAAAUUUUUGCAAUAUAAUGAAAUUAUUAUGAGUAGCGCAGUAAAAUCAUAUGAGUAAAAUUUAUGCUGUUAUUAUGCAUUUAUGAACAAAAAUAUAACGCGAUAUAUUUCGUUUAUAAAAAAAUCUAUUAUGUACAAACUUUUGUGCAAAAUAAUAAUUUAAAUAAGAUGACUAAUUGUAAAUAAAAACUGAAAGUAAAGACUAACAUCUUUAAAUAAUUUAUGUUUUUAGACUCUUCUUUUUUUUCAUAAUUAUUCUAUAUUA